AUGUCUUUCGACGAGAGCAUUAAGAAGAUAGAAUUAGUUUUGUCUUGUAACGGAUUAACUAUAAGGAGUAGAUACAACAAUGUGAGGACGAGAUGGAAAAAUCGAUUUUUAUUUAUAUUUAACAUGAUAUGGUUUAAUUCAGAAGCUAUAUGUGGUGUAGCGUGGAUGGUGCUGCGUCUUAAUGAAGGUGGUACCAUCGCGGAGGUCACGUAUAUGGCACCCUGCGCCCUUUUUACAUUGUUAUCUGUUCUGAAGGCAUUACUGUUUAUUUACUACGAAGAUAAUAUAUGCGAUUUAGUAGCGAGUUUAAGGAAAUUAGAUAUUAAAUAUAAUAAUAAAUCGAUUAGUAGUGAAGAUAUCGAUUUUCUUCAUUUCACUUUAAAAUUAUCGAAGAUUCUAAACGCCAUGCUCUGUGUCGUGUUCUCGUGGAGUACGUUGGUAGUGUCGUGUAUAUUCUAUAUCAAAGAUGGCGUAUUUGAUGUGAUUUUCCCGCUGAAAGUAGAAUAUCCGUUUUCGUUUGAUCACAACGACGCUAGACUUUGGCCUUUCGUGUACAUACAUCAGUUUUGGUCUGUGUGUCUUGUAAUUUUCAUCAUCAUUGGUACGGAUUACCUGCUCUACGUGUGUUGUACCUACAUCAAGGUACAAUAUCGUCUGUUGGCAGAACACUUUCAAAGGACCAUCAACGAAAAUUGUCAUUCACGUGAGAAUAUCUUUGAUGAAAGUUGCAUACCACUGAUAAAAUGGCAUCAGUCGCUGAUCGAACUCGUUGAUAACUUGGAGUUCGUGUACACCAGAUCAUUUUUAUGCAAUUUCCUUUCGAGUUCAAUGCUGAUAUGUCUGACUGGUUUCAAUGUUGUUUCAAUGAAGAACGCCGAGGUUACGUUCAUGUUUCUCGUCUUCCUCUCCUGUAACCUCGCGCAGAUAUUCUUACUGUGCUACUUCGGUGAUCUCGUUAUGAAGUCGAGCAUGGAAGUAGGUUCUUCAAUAUACAACAGCAGAUGGUACAAAAUGGACGCCAAGUCCGUCAAAAGCCUUCUCAUAAUACAUUUGAGGUCUCUGAAGCCGUGUAAAUUGACAGCCUUCGGAUUCUUUGACGUAAAUCUCAAGUCCUUCAUGAGCAUUAUGAGCACAUCGUGGUCCUAUUUCGCUCUGUUAAAGACAGUCGCGACCCCAACCAAAACCUGAUAACAUAACUAGUAUAUGAUUCUAAAUAAAAAAAGCAACCUCUCAAUCACUAUAUGUACCUAGAUGAACACUUCAUACGUUUGUUAACAUAGCACAUCAAAGAUAUUUUAAUUUAUAUAAUUUAAGAACUAAAUAAAAUUAUAGCUAAUAAAGGUUUUAAUUUAUUUAUUUUGUCAAAAUACGUGACUC